UGUACCUCAAAAAAUAGACUCAAUAAUAUUCUGAUUUCGAUUCUGCUAACAAUAUAUUGUAAAUAAAGAAUGUUUUGGAUGUAUUGCUUCAGCUCCAUCAGAGAAAAGCUUUUAAUGUUAUAAUAGAGGAAAAGAGCUACAUGUCUUCCAACUCAACACGCUUUUAAUUGUGAAAUAAUUUACUUGGAUUUCCCAAAACAAAACAAAAAAAUGCCUAAACGUUUAAAACCAAUAUGUAUACUAUUUCAGCAACAAUUAUGCCUAGAGAAUUAGAUCAAGUCUGGAAUGGUCACUUUAAAAAAAAAAAAUAUGUCAAUAUGGGAAAACAGCAUUUAUUUGCACAUAUUGCAAUGCAAAAUUUUGCACACAAAACUCUACACGAGCUAAAAAACAUUUAGUUACAGAUUGUACUAAAUCUCCAAAAGCUGUAAAAAAAAAGUUUGCAACAGAUGUUAUGAAACAAAGUUUUGCUCCUAAAACAAAAAACAGAAUAUUAUUAGUUAAAUCUUAAAUUGAACUCAACACAAAUACAACAAAUAAUGCAGGUGUGUCAGAUUUAAUAAUAGAAAAUGAUUGUUUUAUUGAUUGCUGUGACAACAAUUAUGCCAUCUUUAAGAGAAAGUCAGGAACCAGUUCCACAAUAAUGUGGCUAAUAACGAAUUACAUUCUGAUUUACAAGAAUGUUCUUUAUCAAAUAUUUUAGAAGAAAAAAAGGCUUUCUGUUCAACUUUUAUAUAUACUAGCAAUCAAAAAUCAAUAUCAUAUUUUUUUGAUAAAGUUUCAACACAAGAGUGUGAUGAAAUAAAUAUACAAUAUGCAAGCAAUUUAUGCAACAGCCAGCCCUUUCAGAAUGUCAGAAAAUUCAUUCUGGGCUAAUUUUUUUAAAAAGAUUCGACCAGGUUGGUCACCUCCCAAUCGUUAUGCCCUGAGUCACAAUCUUUUAGACACAGUAUAUAACCAAGUAAAUAAAUUCAUACAAGAUUUAAUAUCCCAGUCAGAAACUUUUGUUCUGAUGACAGAUGGUUGGUCUUGUAUAAGUAAUGAUUCACAUAUACAGAUUAUGUUAGCUACUCCAACUCCAAUAUACAUCAGAAGUAUUCAUCCAAAAGAAAACUCCCACACUGGACAAUACAUAUUCAAUCAAAUUGUUGAGAUUAUUGAAGAUAAAAAUAUUAUAUCAAACAAAAGAAAAAUAAAAGCUUUUUGCACUGACAAUGCAGCUAACAUGGUAGCAGAUUGGAAAUUAAUAGAAAAUAAAUAUGAUUGGACGUCAGCAUAUGGCUGUUUUUCUCAUGGCCUAAAUUUAUUAGCUUGUGAUCUUGCAAAUAAAAACAAAAUAAUUUCGGAAACACUGAAGCAAAAUAAACAACUAGUUAAGUUUUUUAAAAGUAAGCACAGUCUAAAAAGUAUUGUUGAGCGUUGUAGCCUACACUCCUUGAAUAAAAGUUUUAUUUUAAUUCUUCCUGUAGUAACAAGAUGUUCAUCAUAAUUUUAUAUGUUACAACGCAAUAUUCUACUCCGUGAUUCAUUGCGACUGGCAGUAACUGAUGAAAAAGCACAAAAGUAUCUUGACAAACAUAAUAAUAAAAAAGGAAUUGACUUAAAGGAAUUAGUUUUGAAUGAAACCUUUUGGAAAAAGAUUUAAUUUUCAAACUUCUGAAACCUAUAUCAGAAGCCAUUUUGGAAUCAGAGAGUGAUGCAGCGUCAGUAUCUAUUGUUCCACAAGUCUUUUUUUAUGUAAUAACUGAGAUAUCUGAUGUGUUGCAAAACUCAACACUUUUGACUUUACAUCAAAAAGAGGAUAUCAUUACUUGCAUUAAAAAGCGUGAAGACUUUGUUGUAAGACCGAUACACUUUGGAGCAAAUUUACUUGAUCCAAGAUUUGUUGGUCAAAAGUUAAAUCAUUCAGAAAUGCUUUUAGCUGAGCAGCAUGUAUUCAGAACAGCUGAAAAUGAAACACUAGCCACUGAUAUAAUAUUGGAUUAAUUAAUGAGUUUCAAAGCUCGUAGUGGAAUAUUUAGCCAGGAUAAUCGCAGCUAUAUUUGGAAGCUUAAUGAAGAUUGUAAUCCAGUCACAUGGUGGAAAGCAUAUGCACCAACAACAUUAUUGAAUAGAAUUGCAUUAAUAUUAUUGUCUUGUAACUGCAGCAUUGUAUCUGUUGAGCGUGCAAACAAAGAGUUUUCAUUGCAAAAAUCUAAAGUAAGAAAUCGCCUAACCGAUACAAGAGCAUCAAAGCUUUUAUUUAUUGCUUAUAAUUUGAAAAUGCAGAAUAAAUUGGCUAAACGUAAUUCUAAAAAGAUAAAACAUUCAUGUUUAAAAACAAAAAACAUUGAUGAAAAAAGCCAAAAAAAUCACAGCUGCUUAUCAAUCGAUAAUGAUGAUUAUGAUGAUAACGAAUACGAUAGUGAGUAUUCAAGUGAAGAUAGUAUUGACUUUCACAUACCAUGAAAAUGGCUAAGCAUUAACGUUUGCAAAAACAUGCUAUUUUUUAAUAAUAGUCUAGUUGGGGAGUUUAAAUAAAAUAUAUAUAUAAAAUUA